AUGUGGUUGGACGGCCAAAGUGAUGGAUCUGUGCUUUAUGUUAGUUUUGGGAGUAGAACGGCCAUGUCAAAGGAACAAAUAAGGGAGAUUGGAGAUGGGUUGGAGAGAAGUGGGUGUGCUUUCUUCUGGGUGUUAAAAGGCAGCAAAGUGGACAAGGAAGAUAAAGUGGGGAUAGAAGAAUUACUAGGCGAAGGGUUCAUGGAGAGAACGAAAAGCAGGGGAGUUGCGGUGAAAGGAUGGGUGGAACAGGAAGAGAUUUUAUCACACCCCGCGAUCGGAGGGUUUCUGAGUCAUUGCGGAUGGAACUCGGUGAUGGAAGCGGCUCGACACGGGGUACCGGUGUUGGCGUGGCCUUUACACGGUGACCAAAAGGUGAAUGCGGAGGCGGUGGAGAAGGCAGGGUUGGGGAUGUGGGUGAGGGAGUGGGGAUGGGGCGGGGAGAGGUUAGUGAGAGGAGAAGAGGUUGGAGACAAGGUUAGAGAGAUGAUGAGUGAUGAGAAGUUGAGGAGGAGAGGUAGGGAGAUCGGGGAAGAGGCUCGGAAGGCAUGGGAGGGCAGUGGCAGCUCUCAGAAGGCUCUAAUGGAAGCCAUUGAUGAAUUGAAGCACAGAAAUUUGGCAGCUAUUUUUUGAGUGGGUGUUGGUUGAAUGUUGCUCAUUCUGCUAGGUAUGGAAGCCAAAUAUUACUACAAACUCUAGGAUUAACAAUUUUUUUCCCCAAUUUAUCUGUGUUGGCUUCCCAAUAAGCGAAAGCAGAAGCUACGGAAAACAAGUUUGAUCGAAUUAUGAAAAUAAAAAGAAAGUUAAAAAGCUCUUACGUCGUACCAAAUACGCCAAAUUAGUUUGAAAGUUGUAUUGUCACCUUCUUUUCCUUGGUCAUUUUGUGCUUUCAUGUGUGCUUUCACUUUUCAGGUAUAAUUUUUGAAGGCAUUUUAUUGGGUUUCCAUGGCAAUUUUCUUUUUCUUUAAAAUGGACUUUGAUAGAGACAAUAGCAAAAACAAAAAAGAAAAAAAAUAAGAAAAAGGAAAAAAUAAGAAGAGACAAUAGCAACAAAUAUGAGUUCAAGUUGCAUGAACUCCUACACUUGUUACAACCAAUUGCAGGUGUAGGGCCACAUCAGUUGUUCUAAAUUUGACCCAAAUCCUCCAUAGAAAAUUGGAGAAAACAAU